AUGAGCUUCGGUUUUGGAGUCGGCGAUUUUAUCGCCGUGCUGGACAAGGCGAAGUUGUAUCGCGAGCGCUUCGCCGAUGCCCCGGACAACUUUGAUUCUCUCGGUCGCGAGAUUGCUUCCCUUACGUCGAUACUCGAAUACAUUGGCCGUGUCGAAGAACAACUCACCGAGAACGAAAAAGAGGCCUUGGCCGCACCCAUCAAAGAAUCCACAAAGCUUCUGGGCGAGCUGAAGAACGUUUACGACGACAACACGAGCUUAGAGAAGCAUGAGGGCAUGAGCACGUUGUCCAAGCUGAAACCUCGGGCUGUCUGGAGACGCCUGAGGAUGAAGCCCGAAGACGUUCAGAAGCUACGACAGCGGAUCACCAUGAAUGUCCAUUUCCUCAGUGCCAUCAAAGGUUUUAGGGACAGCGAGGCCAUACAUACUACGAAACAGGCCGUUACUUCGAUAUACGAUGAACAGACAAGUCGCCGAGAAAGAGAGAUAUUGGACUGGUUGACAGCCACCGACUAUGCGCCGCAGCAGCGAGACCACCUUUCUAGGCGAUAUAGCGGCACCAACCAGUGGCUCCUGGAUUCCGACGAGUACAAGUCAUGGGUUUCACGCCAGAACCAGACCCUAAUAUGUCCUGGAAUGCCGGGAGCAGGAAAGACCAUCAUGGCUUCUGUUGUGGUGGAUGACUUAUUUCAUCGGUACCAGGACAGCUCUGACGUGGGUAUAGCCUACAUUUACUGCAACUUCAAAGAUCAAGAGAGACAAAACCACUACGACAUGCUAUCCAGCAUCGCGAAGCAACUUGCACAAUGUCGCUCUCCAAUUCCAAGCAGCCUUGAAGAACUUUACAAUAUGCAUCAAAGAAAGAAGACUUCCAGGACUCUAGAGGAAACUACUAGCGUGCUUCAGGCCAUUGCUUCGUCCUAUCGCCGCGUCUUCAUAGUCAUUGACGCUUUGGACGAGUGUGAAUCCAAGAGUCGACAAGCACUCAUGACGGAAGUCUCUCGGCUACGAAAGCGACACCCGACAAAUGUGCUGGCAACAGCUAGAGAGAUCCCCGAGAUCAUUGAAUCAUUUAACUUAAAGUGUGCAAGCACCUUACGGAUUCAAGCUAGCGACGUUGAUGUAUCACGGUACAUCUCGAGUCGCAUACCGGACAUGCUAAGUUUUGUGCAGAGGCGCCCCGGAAUCCAAGAAGAAAUACGGGAGGGCGUUUUAUGCAGAAUCAACGGAAUGUUUCUUCUCGCCAAGUUGCUCAUUGACUCGUUGUCCUGCAAGAUAACCCUCCAAGCCGUACGAAAAGCUCUGGCUGCUGCAUCUGCCGAAGACGACACAUACGCAUAUUUCUACGAUGAGGCCCUGGAAAGAAUACGCGUGCAACCACCCGAACAUGUGCAGCUUGCACACCAGGCUCUCUCUUGGAUCGCAUUCGCCAAGCGCCCGUUGGAGAUGCAUGAACUCCAGCAUGCUCUAGCAGUGGAGGAAGACGAGCCGGAUAUAGAGGAAGACAAUAUCCCUUCCGCUGAUAUUAUCAUUUCCGCAUGUGCAGUUUUUUAA